AUGUCCACCCGCUCAAAAGCAACCUUCGCCGCCUCCUGCAUCUUCACAGCCUCCACCAUCGCCGCCGUCUACUACUGGCAGGAUAUGAGCUUUCAGACGAGGAGAGUAGGCCUCGUCCGCGACGACGAACGCCGCGCGCAGUGGCGCGAAAACGUCCGCGAGCUCGAGCGGCAGGAGGCGUUGAGGGAGACGUUGGAGAAGGAUCAGAGUGUUCGGCAGACGGCGUAG